CCAACUUUGUCCAACUUGGCGUCCCGUGACUUCUUUUCUCAUUGUCCUCGUUGUCGUGCGGUGCGGCUCUUUAAUACCCCUCUCACUCACUCUCUAACCUCGUUGUCUCCGCCUCUAAUUUUACCCUUUUAUAAACUACUCAAACAAAAUAAAAUAAAAAAACCCCAUUUCAUAUAUCCCCUGUUCUUCACAAUCACCAAAACCCCAUCAAUAAAUGGCUCUCAAAUUGAAUCAGCCCAGCUUCCAGUGCCCAAAGAUUUCACCUUUUGGUCGAAAUCAACCGACCCUUUUCAGAUCUCCAACGUUUCUCAAGGCCUCUACUCUUGGAGCCCCCCCUUUGGAGGUUGAGAAUAAGAAGAAGCCAUUCACACCACCAAGAGAAGUACAUGUUCAAGUGACCCACUCUAUGCCACCAGAGAAGAUUGAAAUCUUUAAAUCCUUACAUACAUGGGCUGAGCAGGACCUCCUGGUUCACCUAAAGCCUGUUGAAAAAUGUUGGCAGCCCAACGAUUUUCUGCCAGACCCGGCCUCAGAAGGUUUCAUGGAGCAGGUUAAAGAGCUAAGGGAGAGAUCAAAGGAAAUUCCUGAUGAAUACUAUGUUGUGCUAGUUGGCGAUAUGAUAACAGAAGAAGCUCUUCCUACUUACCAGACAAUGCUCAACACUCUUGAUGGUGUUCGAGAUGAAACUGGUGCAAGCCUUAGUCCCUGGGCUAUCUGGACCAGGGCAUGGACUGCUGAAGAAAAUAGGCAUGGAGACCUUCUUAACAAGUAUCUUUACCUUUCAGGCAGGGUUGAUAUGAGGCAAAUUGAGAAGACAAUUCAGUACUUGAUAGGAUCAGGAAUGGAUCCCCGAACAGAAAACAGCCCUUACCUUGGUUUCAUCUACACAUCAUUUCAAGAGAGGGCAACCUUCAUUUCCCAUGGUAACACAGCUAGGCAUGCCAAGGAAUACGGGGAUCUGAAACUGGCUCAAGUAUGCGGUAUUAUUGCAGCAGAUGAGAAGCGCCAUGAAACUGCCUACACCAAGAUUGUGGAGAAGCUCUUAGAGAUCGACCCUAGUGACACUGUUUUGGCUCUCGCUGACAUGAUGAGGAAGAAAAUUUCAAUGCCUGCUCACCUGAUGUAUGAUGGGCAAGAUGAUAACCUUUUCGAGAACUUCUCAUCUGUCGCUCAACGGCUUGGAGUUUACACUGCCAAGGACUAUGCUGAUAUUCUUGAAUUCUUGGUGGGAAGAUGGAACAUAGAGAAAUUGACAGGCCUUUCGAGCGAGGGUAACAAAGCACAAGAUUAUGUAUGCGGACUAGCUCCGAGAAUAAGAAGGUUGGAGGAGAGAGCAGCAGGUCGUGCCAAGAAGAAGGGAACUGCCCCUUUCAGCUGGAUUUUUGGGAAAGAAGUUCAGCUCUAAAUGCAGCACAAAAUGUUCUGGAUUGCAAUUAUAACUACAGCUGAAUAUGUACUUCUAUGGGAGCUGAUUGAGAUUUGCUGGUAAAAUAUGGCACCUGCAGUAUGUUGCUGUUUUUAAUGUGGUCUGUACACUUUAAAUAAAUAUGUUUACUUAUAGAAGGUACUGUGUAUGACUGUGAUGUUAGUAGAAUUUUGAACUUAGAGAUGCCGUAUCAUAAGUCUAUCAUGUGAUUAUGUUUUGAGAUGUCA